AUGCUCGAAGCUAAAUCCUCAUCUUUGGUUUUAUUUCUCAUCGCGUUAUUGAUUAAUUGCUGUCAGAGUAUUGAAAAUGCAACUGAACAAGGUAAGUUGAUCUAAAUCCACAGUGUUGACGUUUUUAGGAUAGGAUUUUUUUUAUGUCUGAAGUGUAAAAAAGUCGUUUUAUUCUGCUUUGAAUUAAUUCAGGUAUGGAAAAUACUGCACUCGGCCGAAUUGGAGCCAAUAAUUUCUCUAUUACCUCCACCAAUAUGACUCAUUUCGCCUAUGGGAUUGCUGCAAAUGUGGUUGCUGUGCUCCUGUAUGGAAGCAACAUCGUACCUGUCAAAAGAAUAGAGACAGGAGAUGGUAGGCAUGACAUUUCUUUUUUAACAAGGAUUUGACACCAGUCAGUGGCCCUGUUUAUUAUUUAGUAACAUGUAAUCCUCAUUAAAAGACUGUUAAAGUUCACAUUCAUUGAAUCUUGUAUGAAUCUUCCUCUGAUCUGUUCACAGGUAUGUUUUUUCAGUGGGUUACCUGUGCAGCCAUAUGGGUUGUAGCUAUGCUUGGAGACUUGAUGCUUCAGUCGCCAAAGUUUCACCCUUUUGCGAUGAUUGGAGGUUUCAUCUGGGCCACAGGUAGGUCUCAUGACAUCAAGACUUAAAAAGUGUAAGGUUCUUUAUGUUUUUGUUGGUUAUUGAUUAAGGCUGUGUCCAAAAUGAAUCCCUAACCCCUAUAUAGGCGACUAUAUGAGGGUUAGCGCCAUUUUGAGGGGUGUCCGAAACCUCAGUGAUCAGUUCCAAUGCCCCAUAUAGGCGGCUCAAAAUUUCCCAUAGAGCAUUGCAAAAUGUAGUGAUCAUCCGAUGGUCACUCACCGGUGGUGGGCAUCAUGUCAUGCAUUGCGUCUUGCCAUGUAGUGUCCGAGACCUCCGGUAAUUGAGUUCACUACAUAGUCAACUAUAGAGUGAAAUCCCAUAUGGGGGUAAGGGGUUAGGGGUUAGGGAUUGAGUGAUACAUGUUGGACACAGCCUAAAUCUGUGUUUGUAACUUUUAUAACUGUAAUAAUUAAAUUAAAAUUAAACUUGUAUUUGUAUGGCACUUUUCAAAGACAAAAAGAUGUAGGUCAAAGUGCCUCACAAACAACAACAAUUAAACAACAAUAAAACCCAACCCUCCCACCCUCACUCACCCACACACAAGCGCACACAAAGAUAUUGUUAAGGAGACAUGGCAUGACACCGAGACAUUACUUAAGGAAAGAGCUACCACUGGGAAACACUGGAGAUAGAAAUAAAAAUGGUAAAAAGAGUAAAACCUAAAGGACUAAAACAAAAAAAAAAAAUUAAAUGCAGAGAUAAGUAAGAGUUCUAUACCAUGUAAAAGGGGUAAGAGAAGUAAAAAAAUCUAUGAUGGGAAUUAAGAAAAAGACUAAGAACAAUAACUAAUGAAGUGACAGAAACAUUAAGAACUUUGAUUAAAAUGAACAUUUGCAAUAAGAGGAAUAUAAAAAAGCAAUAAAUGAAAAGCCUGGUUAAAAGGGUGAGUCUGGAGCCUCUUCUUAACCCCAAAAAGUCAGUUUUUUUUAUUUUUAAAUAAUGCUUUCUGAUUCCAGGGUCACUCAUAUUAUUGAGAUGACACCACAUGAAAACAUCUCAUGGCGCAUCUCUGCGUUUAUCAUGUUUUUUCAUCACUGUGUGCACGCUGCAACAUUGCUUCAAUCUUAUGUUAGAAACUGUGUCCAUUUUCCUACACUUGUUGAACUGUGAACAUCUGGGUUAAAACCUUCAGUGUGUCAAACCUUUAAAAUCAAGUUUAGUGCCAAAGCUGUUACUGUAAACAUUGUGGAAAAACACUGACGCUUCACCUUGAAAGAAGUCUUCUACAUCGGAGUGCUAAAACAUUUUCUAUUUGAUCGUUUUCUCCUUUCACCCACUUGGCAGUCUGCCGUCUUUUCACUUCACACUUCUUUUACUCACAUUGUAAAGGUGCUCACACUUCAUGAAAUGAUAUGCUGUCUCUUUAUCGUGUACAUUGAUAACAUUUCUUCUCAUAUUCUUUCAGGGAAUAUACUUGUUGUUCCAAUUGUUAAGGCAGUCGGCCUCAGUCUCGGAGUUUUGAUUUGGGGAUCCUCUAGUUUGUUGAUGGGCUGGGCCAGUACAAAGUAAGAAAACUCUUUUAUUUCUCUGACCUAUUGAUGGGGGAAAUUUACUGUUAUAGUCAUUUUAUAGAGGUCUUUUUAAAGGCUCCUGUAAGAAAGCCGUCACCAUAUUAUUGGAGCUUUUGUUUUUUAUCAUUUGUGGCGCCCAUAUGGACAAUAUAAUACCUGCAGGAUCUCUUUUAUCCUGCAAAUGUGACAGUUUUAUUUUCCGAUAGAGGCCUCAUCCUCUUGUCUUUUAACAGUAAAAUUUCUCGCUUUAUGUGUGUUUUCCAUGGAAACCGCCAAGAAAGGCUGUUCCAUCCAUUCUGCUGUCUAUUAUCUGGUCCCUCACCUCCACUCUCACAGCAAUUUCAGGCAUUUAAAAAUGACAGUGGAGGAAUCCGCAGCCCUGUUGCUCAUGGUUUUGCUUGCUUUCUAAGACCACAAAAAAGAAUUAGUAUUAGUUUCGGUCUGGGUUUUCACACCCUGCAGUAUCUUUAUUCUUGCAGUGUACCUUUUAAGAGACUAAGAGUGACUAAUUUCCACAGAUUCGGCUGGUUUGGGAUUAAUCCUCAGGAAGUCUCCAGGCCAGUAUUGAACUAUUGUGGAGCUACACUGUGUCUGCUCAGGUAAACUUUGGCCCUUUUUUUAUUGGAGGUAAACUCUCCCUCUUUCUUCUAAUUUCAUUGCACCUUCAAGAUAAACAUAUGUAAGGCAGUCAGGUAAUUCUCUGCAGCCAUCUUGAGUUAUGCUUCAGAUAACAGAAUGACUUUGGUGUUUUUUGUUUUUCCAGUGGGCUCAUCUUCUUCUUUGUAAAAUCAGACGUGGAUCUGCAUCCCAACUCAGAAACCAUCCCAUUACUGAUAGAGAAAGUAAGUACACCCAAUAAUUGUUGGUUUAUUUUUUUCAGCCUCUGUUUUGUUGAAAACACUCCAGAGUUAAUUCCAAUCUAUCCGUCUUUCUCAAGGAGGAUCAAUUCCUGCCACUCGGCCUCUCCAAAGUGAGUGCAAAUGGUUUCGUGUGCCCUUGGCACCUGUACAUUUCUGAACACGUAGACUCUCUGAAGGUCUUUCUUUUUUUCUGUCUUUCCUUCUGCAGAGACCAGUCUCAGGCAUCAACAGCCCAACAUCCACACCUUUCUGGAUCGACAUCAUCGGCGUGAAGACCAGGCGGUUCAUGUGAGCUCAACAGAUUAGCAGUUAGUGAGCAGCUCGUGCACGCAUGCAGGUUAAAGCCCAGAGGAGGGAGGGAUUAUAAAACGAUGCCUUUGAUUAAAUCGACAGCGAUGUCCCUGAGAUGUUGAACAUGAUGCCUCAGGAUCUGAUCUAUAGGACUUUUGAAAGCUGUUCAGUUAUGAAUAAGUAAAUUAUACAUUCAGAUAUUCAUUCGUACCACAGGAGAAAUGGGUUCUAGCAACAAUAUAUUUAUUGAAACAAGGGAAAAAUGUGAACGUUCAAUCAAACUGCUGAGAUGUUUAAAUAAGAGCACUGCAAAUGAAUGUAAAUGUCUUGUGAGAUCGAGCGAGUGCAGCACGAGCAGUGUUUAUAAUAGUUUUCACUGUCAACUUUUACGUCCUUUGCUGUCAAAUAGGUGCAAAAAAAAAUUACAUACCAUGCAUAUUACAUCCUGACCAUCAAUUUUCAUUACCCAUGCAUUCAGUGUACAACCCCAUGUCGUGUCAUUAGAGAUGUAAAACCCAUCCAUCACGCCGUGUCCAUGUCUCUCCACAUGCUUUCCAGCGGCUGCAUGCUUGCCGUGUUAUCUGGCCUGCUGUACGGCUCGUCCUUCACACCCAUCCUCUACAUCAAGGCCAGAUCUGCAUGCAACGGCUGCAUCUUCCAGGGCGCUAGCGCUUUUGGUACAUUUUAUUGUCGGAUAACUUUGCUCACCUUGGAUUUCUAUAAGCUUCAUUAGAGUUUAAAAUAUUCAGAAGUCGUCUUGAUUCACAGACUUCACCAACCUUGACCCUCGUGCCUUUUAUUGUUUAUCAAACAUUCAGAGUGUCCUUACAGUCAUUGUUGAUCUUCUUUACAGACCUUGACUAUGUCUACGCUCAGUGCUCUGGUAUUUUUUUAGCAAGCACUGUUUACUUUGCUAUCUACUGUGCAGCCAUGAAAAACAAGCCCAGGGUCUACUCCGCAGCCAUUCUUCCAGGUAAUGCACACUUAAUUUUUACUUUUUCAGCAAAACUAAGACUGUUUGAGUCACCAUGAAUUAAAUUUAAAUCUGCUGCAUGAUGAAUUUCUAUUAAGUUUUUCCAGAGCAAGAUCAAUGUAUGCAGGUGCAUCUCAAUAAAUCCUGAUAUUGUACAAUUUUUUACUUUGGAUAUCUAAGAAAAGUAACAUUUAGUAAAUGCUAGAUUCCUAAAACCACUUAAUAGCCGAUGCAAGAACCUUGGAGAGCUACACGACGAGUGGGCUGAGGCUUGUACCUGUACAUUGGAGAGCCACCAUGCACACGUCUUCAGCAAAAGGGGUUUUUAACAUUCCUAUUAUCAAGCUGUUUCUGAACAGAUGUCAGUGUCAGAGGUGUUUAACCCGAGCUCACGAGAAAAAGAACUGGACUGUUGCUCAGUGGUCGCUAGAGAGGAAGUACUGACGCACAGAAUCCAAGGUGUGUGACGUUUCCACAGUCUGUGAUAAUUCGAGGUGCCAUGUAAUCUGCUGUUGUUGGUUCUCUGCGUUUUAUCAAGGUUAUGGUCCACACAGCUGUCUACCAGGAGAUUCUAGAGUACUUCAUGCUCCCAUGAAGAUGCCUACUUUAGCACCUGCCCACAGCACGAAAACUACCACCAAAUGGCCAGCCAACUCGUUUUACCUGAACCCCAUGUGGGACCAGAAUAUGUGGGCUGUUGUCAACCUCAGCAGAGUUAAACGCUGACCGGCUCCAUGCUAAGCCUUAUUGAUGCAGUAAUUCUGCAGUAAUUCUUCUGAUAUAUUGAGUUGCACCUGACUUGGAGUGUUGCUGAAAAUUAAGUCAUUUGGUGAACAAAAACGACCAAGGCCUCUAGUUUCAAAAAGAAAAUCUAACAUUGAAAUCCCUGAAACUUUCUGCAGUAAAAGGAAAUGAAAUUUUGUGAAAUCAGAGGAGAGUAUGACCCUACCUCUCUCCUGAUUUAUCUCCUCAAAAGAAAGUUGAUCCUUUUGAUCGCUGACUCAAAGCGUUAUUGAUAACGACAUCAUUUCAAAUUGGAACACAAGCUUUCCAUUUAGCUUAAAAUCCAGGUUAAAAUAGGGUUAGCAUGUGGCUACAUUUGACUGGCACAAUCACAUCUUGUCAGUAAAGAGAGAUGUUACAAUACAUAUUGGCUGUCAUUCAGAAAUAAGCAGAUGAAGGUGGUUCAAAACAGGCAUAAGGAGCAUUAUAAAAGUUUACUUUUCCUGCACAGGCUCAGGGUUAAAUCCGUUAUAUUAAAUUUUAUUGACAUUCAGGGGUUUCCUGAUGAGAUAAAGACUUUUGCCUGUGGUGACUGAGAAGGAAAAACUAAGUUAGUUUUCUCUAACUUCAGAUUAGUCUCACCAAAUCCAGAUUUUUCUCCCUUUAGGCAGCUCAUAAAAAUUCACAUGAAACAGCCUGGAGAGAAAAUCUGCUAAUAACCCGAUUCAAAUCACAACUUGUGAUAACAGUGCGGCAAGAUUUUCCCAACUAAAUAAGCUGUUAUUUAUAUAAAUACUCCAACAACAGCGCUGGUCUCUAAUCUAUCACCCAGUUUGGCUCAGAAAGGGAGUCUAAAAACUGGAGGUCCUGGCCACAGCUCGACACCAUUUCCACCAGAUGAUUUAUUUCUGGAAACAUGGGCAGUGUCCAACACUUAAGGGACGGCGAGUGUCUAAAAAUAACUGUAUUUUGACUUCCACCAAUGAGGAAGAAUGAGAGGAAAUGCAGCAGCUUCCUUUGCCAGCCUGCAUGAAUGAACACAUUAACUCAGUGUGCUGGGGGAGUUAAUUUGAGCCAGGGGCGACCAUUCAGACCAACAUGCGGCAAAAAAGCUGGACCCUGUUGGUUUCAGUCAUUAUUUCGGAUUAGAGAGUGUCAGAGCAGAGUUUAAUAUCAUGACUUUGAUUUUAUUUUCUGUAUUUUUGGACUUUAUUUUCCCUCGCACUCUUUGUGAUGCAUAUUUUCCAUGUAUUUAUCUCCAGAAUAAGAGCACUCUAUUUCCCUCUGCUCCUCAGGUCUGUUGUCUGGAGUGAUGUGGGCGCUGGCCACGUACUGCUGGUUCCUUGCCAAUAACUACCUAAGUGCAGUUAUUACCUUCCCUAUUGUGACUGCAGUGAGUACAUCAUGUCCUAAAAGCAGCGGACACCUGUCUGUGGAAACCAAUGUUCAUUGCUGACUCUCAGAUUCACACGUUGCUCGGCGCUCAGAGAGAAUAUUCACGUAAUGUUGGAAGUUAAAAAAAAGAGUGUUUUUCAAAAGUUAGAGUUUUGAUUAUUUUGUCAAUCUUCCUGUGAAGUGUGAUGAAUCUCAUUAGAAUCACGGAGACAUCAAGCUUGGAGAUCUGAGCACACCAGCACGACAAAUAGGCCAGCUCACUCAAAGAGUUUGUACUUCUCACUGGGAGCUCCUUUCAGCCCUGCAGGAUUUCUCUCUCAGGGUCUUUUUUUUUAUUCUUACACAGUCCUGGAUGUGACGGUGCAUGAAAAGCUUACACAGUGUUGGGUUUUUUAUCUUUGAAAAGUUGUUUUCUGUGAAAUACACAACUAAUCCGCUCUUGAGGUUUAAUUUUGGUAUGUCUGUGUAAAAGUUUAGCCCAAUUUAUCAGGGGUAGAAAGGUUGUUGGCUGAAGACCAAAGCUACUCGCUGUCAAAGUAGUUUGUGUGGAAAGGUGAUGGUCAGGGGAGGUGUAGAUCGAAGUGAAUAAUGUGUCCUCGGUUUAAUUGCUUGAAUUCAUCAGUUGAUGUGACAUUUUGGCCCAAACUGACACUUGGGUGGGUAAACUGAAUGUCUUUUGGACUCUGAGGACAGGACUAAUGGGAAUUAAUGGUUGCGUGUAAAACCUGAAGUUCAGCUCAGUUCAGCCUUUCAAUCUCUGAGUGUAAAGAAAACUUCAAGUUACACAAACUAAUGGCAGUCUUGUCUCUUUUGUUCCUCAUAAGAACAAUGCAAAUGCAGCUGCAGGUUAGAAUUGGACAAUAUGGAAGUGUCCAUUAAAGCUCCUGUAAGGGACUCUGCCUAUGUGUUGAUUUUUAUGCCCCCUUGUGGACAUAAUGAGACUCUCAUUGUUGCUCCUUGUUUUUCCUGAGGAAAAACAGUCAAGUGUUUCACUCAUUAUGAAUAUUUUCUGUUGAAAGAGUAAAAAAGAUGUUUAUCUGGUCUUUUUUCAAGUCUGAUAUGUACGAAAGAGGAUUAGGGCCACAUGAAGAGAAAAAAAUAAUUACACGAACAAGAUUAAAGUCGAAAUUUCAAGAUUAAAAACUCAAAAUGAUGUCAGUGAAGUCGAAAUUUCGAGAUUAAAGUCAAAAUUUCAAGAUUAAAGUCGACAUGAAUAAAGUCAAAAUUUUGUGAUUUAAAUCGAAAUUACGAGAUUAGGGUCGACACAAAUAAAGACGAAAUUUGAUGAAUUAAGUCAUAAUGUUGAGAUUAAUGAUAAUGAAUCAACAGCAUUGUCGCUCGUCACUCAACAUGUCCUCUGCAGAAAAGUUUGUAAAGCUGUACUUGAGAGUUGGAUUUAGUAACAAGGAAAUCUUUGCUCUUUUAGCACACAAACACAGUGUGGUCAUGAGUAUUCAGACUCUGGAAAGACUGUGCCAGAGAUUAUGAUGCAGAUGCAGGGUUAUCGAUGGUUACACCUGCGUGCUAUACAGCGAGGCUAUGUUGUAUCGCAAGAUUAAAUAAGACAACUGAUCAAGUUGAUUGAUCCCGAAGCUGUGGCGCACAGACAAGCCUGGCGUCUAAAGCGCAGGCAUUACCUAACCCAAUGCGCUCUGACACAUGGAUGGCUACGACAAAUUGAAGUUAUACAGCAUUUCAUUUAGACUUUUUUAAGUUUCAACUUAAAUCUUGAAAUUUUGACUUGAAUCUCGAAAUGGAAAUUAAAAAAAUCUCCUUCCUAUAAUUAUUUAUUUCUCUUCUUGUGGCCCCAAUCCUCUUUCGUAAAUAUGACACCUACCCCCUCGCUGCUGUAAACAGUGUUAAAAUUAUGAUAUAUAAAUUCCCAGUCUUGUUACAGAUGGUCUCUUUCACUUGCAGGUCAUUAAAGGGCAGCACCGUAAAUUUAAGUCUGUUUCAUAACCAGAUAAAAAAUCCCUCAGAGGAGCUUUAAAGUAGGCCUGAGGGGGUGUGUGUGAUCCAUCUGUCUUUGUUGAGACAAACCUCCAGAGUGGAUGUCUUUCCAGAGCUGUCGUAUGUUUUCAGUGAAUGCACAUGAUCUCAUCCAGUUACGGUCUACAAAAUUUAACUGAAUUAUUUUUUACUUUAAAACUUUUAAGCUUAGUUUCUAAUGUCUGAUCUCGAACAGAACAUCCUCCCUCUUUUCAAGCUCUACAGAUUGGAUUUCGGACCCCAAAGGUCCCUCUUCCUGAGGCAAAACUCUGAUUUGCAAACAGCAUAUCAGAUGUGGUCUCAUCUGCUUUCCUCUUUAGACAGAGAACAUUUUACACAUUUUACAGUGACAGAAAAACUGCAUUAAAUGUGGGACAAGUCUCCAGCAGAGGUGUUCAAACAUAAUGAGAGGUCGAUUCCUUUAACAAGCUCUCAGGGGUUUGUUAUCCACCUGUGUGAUCCGACCACUAAAUGUAAAUUAGGCAAAGGUGUCGGAGUCCUGCUCCGCUCUCACACUGAUUUGUUUUUUGUGCUAAAAGUGCAUCAAAAGUUUCGGUAAGUAUUGAGAGAGUAAAAGAAUCUCAUUUGCCGGAGUGAAAUUCCACUCUGUGUCCACAGAUGAAAAUCGAUGAUAUAAACUGUUUGUGCUCACUUUGUUUGGUUUCUGCUCUGCAGGGUUAUGGUCUGGUUGCAGCGCUGUGGGGAUGCCUGGUGUUUAGAGAGAUUAAGGUACGGAUCACAACACUAAUCUCGUAGUUUCUUUGAAGUAAUAUGUGUGAAACGUCGCAUUAAAAAAAGUGAGAAGCAAGAGUUUAACCAGCAGAAUUAGACUCCAGAGGUCUUUUGUAGUUGACGGCAUUAACUGUGAAUUUAUAAAAGAAACACACGGAGUAUUAAGUUCCUCGUUUUGCAUAAAGCUGAUGUAAAACACGCUUUUCUGUCUCUUUUUUUUCAGGGUUUAUCCAACUGCUUUGUCUUCUUGUUGGCUUCCUGUGUCGUGUUGACUGGUUCCUUGCUGACUGCCAUUUCUAAGCUCUAA